GUGGACCUCUUGCUCGUUACGCCCUUUCCAGAGACACACACAUUUGACAUUUUUACCAUUUUCUCUCUCUAAACAAACUUAGCACUUGAACAUUCACUCAUCAACAUAAAAGUUGCUUUUAAAAGAUUCUCCAAUGUAUUUUAAUUUAAAUUCGACGCCUUCACCUUCCCCGAUGCAGCACGAAAUUAGCAACAAUAGUUUUGAUCCGCCGCCUUUCGGCCUGAAUAAUAAUAAUAAUAAUCCUUCGUCAUCUUCUGUCUCGUGCCGUAUUUUCUUCGAUUCUACUCAUCAUGAUCACGACAACUGCUCGGGAGUAUACCCUUCUCAACAUAUUUCGGAUGACAAUCAUGGAUCAACAUAUGAGAUGAAGAACAAUAGGGUUGACGAAAGUGGGCUUAAAGUAACCCUAUGGAAAAAAGAAGAUGGCGAAGAACAUGCCGAUAAUAAUACUCAUCGUCCCGUGAAGUGGAUGUCGUCCAAGAUGAGAGUGAUGCACAAGAUCAAGAGCAACCCAGAUCGCGUAACUAUAAAGAUAACCAAAAACAAGCACGAGAUUCAAACGUCUUCUUUCGAGAGCGAUAAUUCGAGGUUCUCCUACACGGCUAAUAACAUUCCGGUUAGGGUUUGUUCUGAUUGCAACACCACCAAGACUCCUCUUUGGAGAAGUGGUCCUAAAGGACCUAAGUCCCUUUGUAACGCGUGUGGAAUUAGGCAACGAAAAGCGAGGCGGGCUAUGGCGGCAGCAGCAGCUGCCGCCAACGGCACGGUCGUUACUACAAGCGACCACCAGACUCCAAAGCUAAUAAAGUUAAAAGUGAAAAACGCGCACUUGAAGAAACGGUUCAAGGCCACAACUAAUGAAGCUGGGUUGCAGUCUAACGGCAAUAAAAAGGUCGGGUUCGAGGAUUUCUUGGUCAAUCUUAGCAAGACUUUGUCUUUCCACCAUGUUUUUCCGGAGGAAGAAAAGGAUGCUGCUAUAUUGCUCAUGGCUCUUUCUUCUGGCAUGGUUCACGGUUGAUUCGUAAAAACAUUAUUUCGAAUUUCGUGUGUUUUCUGUGGUUUGUUUGAAUUGAUUAAUUAGUUAAGUAGAGUUAUUAAGAAUGAUUAGGGUUUGNGAAUUGAGUGAAGUUACUUUUACUACUAUGGUUU